AUGCGAUCUUUGACCUUGGAGCCGCUCCUGCUCGUGUCGACCGAGAGCGUCGAGUUCUGCGGGUCGUCGUCCGUGGCGCUCUUCACGCUCACGUCCAACUGCGAGUACCCGGUGGCCUUCCAGGUCCUGCCAUCGGACGACAGCCGGUAUCGCGCGCAGCCCGACCAAGGCGUGUUGCAGCCAGCGACGUCCGUGGCCAUCCACAUUGACGCGCUCGUCAAGACGAGCGAGCUCGACACGACCGCCGACCUCCUCCGCGUCUUCUGCACAUGGGUCGAGACGCCGUCGGACGCGGCCGCGCCGGCCUUCUGGACGAGCAUUGCACCCGCCGAGAUCCAGAGCCAUUCGUUGGGCGUCGUCGUGUCCGAGCACAAGCCGUACGUUCCCAUGAGCAGCAAUAGCACCGUAUCCAAGAUGGUCUGCAAGUUGCCAGCGGUGGGCGACACGUGGAUCAACGGCCUCUCGAACGAGUACGACGCUCGGUUCCCGCCCGACUUGGCGCCGUUCAUGUCGGAAGAAGACUUUACCUCGGCCAUGAAGCUCGUCAACGAAGCGCUCAUCGACCAUUGGCCAUGUGUUCCGUGCAUGUCGGUUGGGUAUGGCUGCUGCAUCUGCACGGGCGGGCUCUCGCUCUACUGCGCGUGGGGCCAGAUCAAAGAGGCCGAGGACGCGGCCGUGCGCCAGCUCGGUCGACUCAAUCGCCGCCCGUGCUUUGCGACCCGCAACAUUUCGUGGAGCCUACGCCGCGUCUGGUACCGCCACGCGAGCUGGGUCGAGAUUACGAUGCAAGCUUCGUAG